CGUGACAUAAUCUCGUCCUCUUUAUUCGGGUCCGCCAUUGCGACAACUCAUGUAAAUUUGUGUUGUCAGUAAGAGACUCAAAAAAUCCAAGAUGGUGAAUUUUACAGUUGACGAGAUCCGUGCGAUCAUGGACAAGAAAAACAACAUUCGUAACAUGUCCGUGAUUGCCCACGUGGAUCAUGGUAAAUCAACACUUACUGAUUCCCUUGUAAGCAAAGCAGGUAUCAUCGCUGGUGCCAAGGCUGGAGAGACUAGAUUCACUGAUACCAGGAAGGAUGAACAGGAAAGAUGUAUCACAAUCAAAUCCACUGCCAUUUCCCUCUUCUACGCUGUAGCAGAGAAAGAUCUGAGUCAAAUUGGACAAAAACAUGAUGGCAAUGAAUUUUUAAUCAACCUGAUUGACUCUCCCGGGCACGUUGAUUUUUCAUCUGAGGUUACUGCAGCCCUACGUGUCACCGAUGGUGCCCUUGUAGUAGUUGACUGCGUGUCUGGUGUAUGUGUCCAGACUGAAACUGUGUUGCGUCAAGCUAUUGCUGAACGUAUCAAGCCUGUCCUUUUCAUGAACAAGAUGGACUUGGCUCUCCUAACCCUGAAGUUGGACAUGGAAGAUCUCUACCAGAAGUUUGUUAAGACUGUUGAGAAUGUUAACAAGAUCAUUGCUAUCUACAGCGAGGAAGAUGGUCCCAUGGGCUCUAUCUAUGUUGAACCUGGCAAAGGAAAUGUUGGAUUCGGAUCUGGUCUUCAUGGCUGGGCCUUCACCUUGAAGCAGUUUGCUGAAAUCUACGCAAGUAAAUUUGAUAUUGACACACCAAGGUUGAUGAAACGAUUAUGGGGUGACCAGUUCUACAAUGGCAAGAAGAAGACUUGGCAUAAGACAGAUGAGGGUGGAAAAGCUGUCCGUGGUUUCACCCAGUACAUUCUUGACCCCAUUUACAAGGUCUUUAACUUCUGUAUGGAGAAGCCAAAAGAGGAUGCCCUCAAGCUGUGCGAAAAGCUGAAUGUUAAAUUGACUGCAGAAGAAAAAGAGAAAGAAACCAAGCAACUGCUCAAAACUGUCAUGAGGAAAUGGUUGCCCGCUGGAGAAACACUCUUGCAGAUGAUUGUCAUCCAUCUUCCAUCUCCCGUAACGGCCCAAAAGUACCGUAUGGAGAUGCUGUAUGAGGGUCCCCAUGAUGACGCUGCUGCACUUGGCAUAGUGAAUUGUGACCCAGAAGCCCCUCUGAUGAUGUACAUCUCCAAAAUGGUACCGACCUCUGACAAGGGAAGAUUCUACGCCUUUGGUCGUGUUUUCUCUGGAAAAGUAGCAACUGGCUUAAAGACCAGAAUUAUGGGUCCUAAUUUUACCCCAGGCAAGAAGGAAGAUUUGGCUGAGAAGAGCAUCCAGAGAACCAUUCUUAUGAUGGGACGUUACACAGAGCCCAUUGAAGAUGUACCUUGUGGCAACAUUUGUGGUCUGGUUGGUGUAGAUCAGUUCCUUGUCAAAACUGGAACCAUUACAACUCUAAAGGAAGCCCACAACAUGAAGGUGAUGAAAUUCAGUGUGAGUCCAGUUGUGCGUGUUGCUGUAGAGGUCAAGAACCCAUCUGAGCUUCCCAAGCUUGUUGAAGGACUCAAACGUCUCUCUAAAUCUGAUCCUAUGGUACAGAUUUACACUGAAGAGUCUGGUGAGCAUAUCAUUGCUGGAGCUGGUGAACUCCAUUUGGAAAUCUGCUUGAAAGAUUUGGAAGAAGAUCAUGCUGGAGUUCCCCUGAAGAAAACCGACCCAGUUGUAUCUUACCGUGAGACUGUUCAAGAAAGAUCGAGCCAGAUUUGUCUGUCAAAAUCACCAAACAAGCACAACCGUCUUUUCCUAUCUGCCGGUCCCCUAGAUGAUGGACUACCUGAAGAUAUUGAUUCUGGAGAGAUCACUCCUCGCCAAGACUUCAAACUCCGAGGACGUUAUCUUAUCGAUAAAUAUUCCUGGGAUGCCACUGAAUCAAGGAAGAUCUGGUGCUUUGGACCUGAAGGCACAGGGCCUAAUCUGCUCGUGGAUGUUACCAAAGGAGUGCAGUACCUCAAUGAAAUCAAAGACAGUGUUGUUGCUGGAUUCCAGUGGGCAACUAAAGAGGGUGUGCUUUGUGAAGAGAACAUGCGUGGUAUACGAUUCAACAUUCAUGAUGUGACACUUCAUGCUGAUGCUAUCCAUAGAGGAGGUGGUCAGAUCAUCCCCACAGCAAGAAGAGUCCUGUAUGCCUCUGCACUUACAGCCAAGCCAUGUCUGAUGGAGCCAGUCUACCUAUGUGAAAUUCAGUGCCCUGAGGCUGCCAUUGGUGGAAUCUACAGUACACUCAACAAGAGGAGAGGAAUCAUGUUGGAAGAGAACCAAGUUCCAGGAACCCCUAUGUUCCAGAUCAAGGCUCAUCUGCCUGUCAACGAAUCUUUUGGUUUCACUGGUGCACUGAGACAAGCCACAGGAGGACAAGCUUUCCCACAAUGUGUGUUUGACCAUUGGGCACUUUACCCAGGUGACCCCAUGGACCCUGCAACCAAGCCAGGUGUUGUUGUCACACUUACAAGGAAAAGAAAGGGAUUGAAGGAAGAAAUUCCACCUUUGGAUAAAUACUUAGACAAAAUGUAAAGGAUUGAUGAACUUGGAUCAGUAAAUUAUUGAAUUGUGAUGUUGAAACCUGGAUCUACUCAGAGGUGUCGGAUUUACCUGAAGAAGUUAACCAUCUUGUGCAAAAAAAAUAUAUUAUAAAUAUGGAUAGAUGUAAUAUUCAAUAUGCAUGUGUACUAGUUGUGCUCAUUGCAUUUUAAGACUUUUUAAUGGACUUGAUGGAGAAAUACUGUACUAUUUAUAUUGGGAGAUACCUAAUUGCCAAAGGCUUUGCCAAAGGAUACUUAGUGCAACAGUCACACUUGUGUCAUAUUUCUCCUGUUACAUCAUUAAUUAAUAAUGAAAGAAUAAAAAAAUGUGUAAAAAACAUUGACUGUUCUGCUAGUGUUAAUAUGGAAACCUAAAAACAAAGGUCAAGUCGUGGAAUGAGUCUGCCCAAGUAUUGACUACAAAAUGUCAAAAAUUGUAAUGUCUGAAAGAACUCAAUCUCACAUAUUAUUAAACCUGAACAUCUUUUUCGAGAGCCCAAAUACAGUAUACC